AUGGUCUCAGGUGGUUACCAUUUCCGGUAUUCGGACGAAGUCCGGAACCUGGUCCUGGUUCAACUGGCUGCCGGCGUCAAACCAUCAGACAUCGCCGCCGCCCUGGGUGUCUCUCAACCAUUUAUCUCGCAGGUGAAAACCCGCAGCGCGAUUGACCCAGAGAUACUGGAGCGUAACCGGCGUCCAAGGGGCCGACCACCCAAGGUACCGGACUAUGCAUUUCAAGGCGUCAAGGGCUACCUCGCAGAGCACCCCGCCGCCGAGCGGAGAGCGAUCCAGCAAAAUCUCAAAGAACGCUUUAAUAUAGAUGUGCAUCUCACGACGAUUGGAAGACUCGUGCAGGCCUUGAAGUCCGGAAAGGACCGUCGGACAACUAACUCUUCGACCAUCACAACAGGACAGACAUCGUCCACCCGCACACCCAAUGAGAUCGACAGCACCAGCAACAGUACAGCAGCCUCAAGCACGAGCAGGAAAAGAAAAGCGAAUCACACAGAUUAG